AUGACAGCACAACCCUUAGAUGUUGUCAUUAUUGGCGCCGGCAUUGCCGGUCUGUCCGCCGCUAUAGCCCUGGGCAAGCAGGGACAUCGCGUUGUCAUACUCGAGAAAUCAAGAUUUGCAAAAGAAACCGGAGCAGCGAUCCACAUGCCCCCUAAUUGCACUGCAAUGCUAAAUUGGAUGGGUGUUGAUCCUAAAGAUUUCGGAGGAACAUUGCUUGAGCAGAUGCAUCGGUAUGAUCAUCUAGGGAAUGUUACUUAUAUCAAAGACUUCAAUGCCAUUCGCUCUAAAUGGCAGGCAGAAUUCUAUCUUGUCCACCGAGUCGAGCUGCAUAAUUUCCUCAAGAAACGUGCCCUUGAAACAUCCACUCUACACACCGGAUGCGCUAUCGUCGAUGCUGAUGUCGAGUCCGCUCGCCCGUCUGUUACUCUUCAAGAUGGACGGGUCUUCGAGGGUGAUCUCCUGCUCGGAGCUGAUGGAGCUCAUUCCUUCCUCCGCAACAAAGUCACGCCAAAUGCCCCCGUCCCAUUCGCCGCCGGCAAAUCCUGCUUCAGGUGGUUGAUUCCGACGUCAGAAUUGAAGAAACACACUUCGACAGAAGAGUUCGUCAAAGAUACAGGCGUGUUUAUCGAAUGGGCUGCCUCUGACCGUCGAAUCGUGGCGUAUCCCUGCUCGGAUAGUAAGGUGUUCAACCUAUGUGGGUUUGUGCCGACGGCUGAGGCGGGUGGAUAUGGUGAUGGCUGGCAAGCAACAGGAAACCGUGAUUCAUUGAUCCGAGCAUUCUCUGACUUCAGCCCUGGCGUAAGACGAAUCACGGAAUCGGCGGAUGAAGGUCUGAAGGUGUGGGGACUGUCUGAUAUGGAAGCGCUCCCUACGUGGGUGAAGCAUAAUUCCGCUUUACUGGGCGAUGCUGCACAUCCGUUCCAACCUUAUAUGGGCCAAGGAGGCGCAAUGGCCAUUGAGGAUGCCGUCAGUCUGGCUACCCUCCUGCCCGCUGGUGUAUCGGCAGCUGAUAUCCCAUCUCGACUGGCGAUAUACGAAAAGGCUCGACGGCCAAGGGUCGAUAUGAUAAUGGAAUAUACCAGAAUGAACGCGCGGGAUGAGGAUAAAGGAGGACGGAUUCCUCCUGAGGAAAUGGUGCGGUUCAUGGGCAUUUGCUUCUCGCAUAAUGAGAUUGAGCAUUCGGCUGCUUUGUUGGAGGAGAGUGGGUAGAUUGUUUAUUUGAUUGUAUAUAUCUUUAGUUUUUAUAUACACCUGUAACGAUAGCCCUGACGCCUUCUGAAUCCAACUUGGGCACGCCAACAAAAUAAUCUCUU